AUGCGCUUGGUCCUGCUCCUCGUCUGUGUGUGGUGGCACAACGUGCCGGCGAAUGGUGAGGUGGUGGACUCCUUUGAAGACUCCUGCCCCCAGUUUUUCUUUAGAGGAGUCCCACCGAUUAUUGGGCUCGGGCCACCACACCCUGCUCGGAUUUGCCAGCGUUACAAGAACCAGUAUCGCUUCGCCACGCUCUACGACGAAGACAAUCGCAUCCCGGUGUACUCGGCCUACAUCUACAACCCUGGGAAGGCACCGAGGCCCAACAACUGGAUGGUAGAACCCCAGCUCAUCAAUCCAAUGCUGCAACCUGAAAUGGAAACGGAAUGGGCCUUCCUGAACAACCACGGCGCCAAAGAGGAAGCCCUUCAGGAGAGCCAGGCGAUCUUGCGCGAUUACAAGAACCUGACCGGUUUGAACAGGGGCCACUUGAAUCCCAACGGGCACCAGCCUGAUCAGGACGCCAAAUCGUCCACCUUCACCUUGACGAACAUCGUUCCGCAAAACAUAAAGCUCAACGGCGGCGCCUGGAACAACUACGAGCAAACGACGAUGGCCAGCAAGACCACAGGAUGCAAGGAGACGUUUGCCGUGGUGGGAGCGGUGCCAGGGAACAACUACAUAGCUGGAGGGAGGGUCAACACGCCCAGCUUCGUAUGGUCUGCAGCCUGUUGUGUCAUAGACAACAAUCACCGGAGAUCCUGGGCUAUCAUUGCCAGGAAUGACCAGAAUGUGGUGCAUUCCCUGACCCUGGGGCAAUUGGAGGAGAAGCUUGGAGAAUUAUAUAAUUGCAACCGCAUCUCUCUCUUCCAUACCGACUGUCCCCGGGAAUAA